CAAAAUCUAUUUUCAAGAUAACCUUCAAGUGAUUUUGUGAAUUGUUGAUAACAAGAAUUACUUUUUAUCAACUUAAUAUUUAGUAGUUUAGAAUCUUGUUUCAUCGUAUAUUGUUCUCAAAAUGAAUUCUUUAAAUAGAGUGUUAGUUUUAAGUACAGCUAUCCCGAAGAAUACGAGGUUGAUUUCAACAAGUGCACGAUUAGCGAACGCCGACGAUGGAUGGUUUUCGAAGCUAUUGGUGCGAAGAAUAGAGCCCACGAAGGAGUCUCACAGUCGGAUGCUUAGUGACAAGGAGAUAAUUUAUGCACUCCACACACACAACAUAAGGCCCGACUCGAUGGACAAAUACUUGCAAAAUUACAAAACUUCUGUUGAGUUUGUCCAUUCACAAAAAGCAGAACUUGGAUGCGAGUUAGUGGGAUCAUGGACAGUGUCUGUGGGCGAUAUGGAUCAGGCAUUGCACCUUUGGAGAUAUGUUGGAGGGUUUGAGAAGAUUGAUAAAGCGAAGAUCAUGUUCAAAGAAAAUGCUGAUUACAGAGCACUAGAAAAGGAGCGUGGUAGCUUAGUAAGAUCUCGACACUUACAAUACUUGCUGGCAUUCAGCUUUUGGCCCAAUGGAGAACCCCGCGCGCCCAGCAACAUCUACGAGAUUCGUUCCUACAGUCUGAAACCUGGAACUAUGAUCGAGUGGGGAAACAACUGGGCUCGCGGCCUCACGUACCGUCGGUCACAGAACGAAGCAUUCGCUGGAUACUUCUCGCAAAUUGGACGACUAUACAAUGUACAUCACAUUUGGUGCUACAAAGAUCUUCAAGCUCGCCGUGAGACCCGUGAAAGCACGUGGCGUAACCCCGGCUGGGAUGAGUGCGUGGCCUAUACGGUGCCACUCAUUCGCGAGAUGCACUGCCGUAUCCUCGAGCCCACACAGUUCUCUCCCACGCAGUAAACCGGCUACAAUUUGUGAACUGCCCUCGACGACCGCAUUUAAAUCCUGAAGAAACAACUGCCUUUACCUAAAAAUAUUUUUAUAUAGAAUUCGACGGGGUCACUAUCCAAUCGUAAAACAUACCCUAUUUAAAAACGCUAGAUAUUGUUUAUGAUGAAGUUUUUAUUGUAAUUGUAAUGAGGACACAUUUUAUCGCAGACUUAUAACCACUGGUAUUGGUAUCAUUACAGAGAUGCUUUAUAAAAUCAAACAGCUUUGUAGAUAUUUCAUUUAGUAAAAGUGUAAUAAGAAAUAUUGAUUCAAUUAUGUG